AUGGUACAGAAAAAGAGUGUGCUCUUCGUGUGCCUAGGAAAUAUUUGUCGUUCUCCCAUAGCCGAAGCGGUUUUUCUGGAUAUUAUUAAGAAAAGAGGUAUUCAAGAUGAAUGGGUAGUGGAGAGCUCCGCUAUAAUCGGGUUCCACACUGGCAAGCCUCCCGAUCGCCGCGCUCUUAGUACCCUAAAGAAGUUUGGAAUUACCGAUUAUGAGCAUAGAGCCAGAGUGACUAGUACUGCUGAUUUACGUGAAUUUGAUUAUAUUUUUGGGAUGGAUGAAAGCAACAUAAGUGAUCUUAAAGACUUGGAGAAACAAACGGAAUCGAAGGCUAAAAUACAACUGCUAGGAGAGUUUGACCCUGAAGGGAAUCGGAUCGUUCCCGAUCCUUAUUACGAACCCGGAGAAGCAAUAAACAUUUGUGCCCUCAGCACUAUGACGUCGCCCUCUUGUUAUGUGAUGUACCUGAUUCUUCGACGAGAUCUUAUGUCAUCGCUGGGUUGGCCAAUGGGUGCGGUUUGCACACAGGCAGCUCAUGCGGCCUCAGCUGCAAUGUGGUUAUUCAGAAAUGACCCCAAUACGGAGGAAUAUACAAAAGAAUUGGAUUCGAUGCAUAAAAUCACUUUAGGGGUUGAUUCGGAGGAUGAGUUGAUCAAAGUACAUGAGCGAUUAAAAGGAAGGGAAGUGGAUCAUAAAGUUUGGGUUGAAGAUGGCCAGUCUGUAUGCAUUGCUUUGAAACCGUACCCAAAGGAACAAGUCAAGAAUGCUCUCAAAGGACUCAAACUUUUCUGA